CUCAAAUAGUUGGCAACGUGGCCUUGACAGCUGAGCCCGUAAAAAAAUCAUCAACGCGUAGUUUUGCAAACGCCACAAAAUAAACUGAAUUUUACGAAUAUUCGGCAUUAAAUAUCACUUUCAAUGGCUACAAGUAACGCAAAAGGCCUCAAAGCUUCAACGUUUGGUGCUAGUUCAUCGGGAGGUGGUAACAGAACUGGCGGAAAAACCGGCCCAGUUUCGACAACAUCGCAGCCCGAUGCUGACUCAGUCACCAGCACCAUUAAUAUACCGCUCAUAAAAAUAAAAGACAGCAGCAAACAAUUACCCACAUACCAUGCAGCGCUACAGCGUUCUGCAGAGGAUUAUCUAGCCGCCGAGGAUUUGGAUAACAUACAGUUGGAACUUGAAACUCUACUUUCAAGUGUGGCGCUUCGUUACCGCGUCUUGAAGUCGGAGUAUGAGAGCUUGGACAAAGAUGAGCGUCGUAUCGAACGACGUUCCAAACAUGGUGCCAGUGGCGCAGACACUCCAAUAGCCAAUGCGGGUGCUUCGUCCAGCGGCAAACGUAAGCGCGAUGAAACAUCAAGCGUACGCAAACCGAAACACACACCCGCAUCAUCGUUAAAAUACUCGAAACAUGCCAAAAAUAGCCCGGUUGCGCCAAAUACGGAUGAUAGUUUGGAUUAUGUACCACCAUCGGGUUCGCAUGGUCACGGUCAAAACCGCGAUCAUCACUUGCAAAAGGUGACAUUGCCCAAAAAUGACACACCAAAUAAAUUUUGGCUUUCCGUCGAACCGUACUGUAUGCCAUUAACAAACGAGGACCUACGUCUGCUCGAUGAUCUAUUGGAGCAGUAUUCUGGACCAUUAGUGCCACCAAUACCAGAGCUAGGGCCACAUUAUUCUAGCAUUUGGGCCACCGAAGAUUUGAAGGAAGUGCAACAAGCUUCAAAUCCAAAUGCCAAUUCAAAUCGUUUGAAACCGCAAAACAGCGCUUCAAAUGCUAUGAUAAAGAAAGCUGAGUCUAUAAUGGACGAAUGUGUUACUGGACCCUUGACACAGCGUCUAGUGUCGGCACUACUAGAAGAGCAGCUAAUCCAAAAUCCCAGUGAGUUGUCCGCAGCUGCAGUUGCCGAUAGCAGCAAUAGCAGUAGCGAAAAUACGCACUCCUCAGCACAAAUGAAUUUCCGUUCGCUGUCUUUGCUACGCAAUUGCAUCGAUAUCGAAAAACGUGUUAAAAAAGAACUCAUCGAACAGGGUAUUCUUGAUUUGAACGAUUUUCCAAACAAUGAUGAAGACGAAAUUCACGCAGAGAUAAAACGUCUAAUUGCCGAACUAUCUGCAAUUGCAGAGUACAAUGGUGCCGCACUGAAACGGUUGCAUGAAUCAGCCGCUGAGGAGAUCAAGCGUCUAGAAAUCAAACGCAAACUUGACACAAUCGAUCAGGAAAUACUUGAAGCCUAUAAACGUACAAUGCAAAAUAAAGCCAAACGCAAGCCACUCAGUACCGAGGAUCAGCAGGAAAUUUAUCGCUUGACUUCGGAACAAAAAGCACUUUCUGACCAGUUGGAGCGCAUACAGGCCAAUUGCUUUCUAUAUGAAUAGUUUUUAGCCACCACUGGUGGAGGGCAAGAACAACCAGAUACGCGCGUUAAUAGUGCAGCACCUGAACGCUCUAUACUAGUGGCGCUUUUAAAUGAGAAAUAGUAAUUAUUUUUACAAUUGAAUUAUUGAGUUUAAAAAACGCAUACAUACUGAACUUACCGCGAGCAGCACACCUCUUCACUGUACCACAAUUAAAAACGUCAUAAACAGCCAAUAUGCUGAAACCCUGAGGACUUUAAAAUCGUAGUUGUGUUAAUUAUUCGAAGCUAGGGAAAAUCGGAAACUGAAGAUUGUUUGAGAAUGAAUUCGAGGUCACAGCUGCGGCCAUUAAAAUGAGAACGCUUAGUUUUUAGUAAAUCAACUUUUGGAUGACCGAAUGUAGAGCUAAAUCUGUCGACACAUAUUUUCCCUUUGAAAUGGUUACAUAGUAUAAUCAUUUUCGAAAAAACCCUUCUGUGGGAUUAUUACUUAAAAUUACACAAAGGCCACAAAAUGUAUAGUAAUAAAGUGCUAUGAAAAUAUGUUAGCCUCCACAGUAUCUGUUGCACUACCCGCAUACUUCAGUUUUUAUGCAAAUAUUUGCCAAAGUGAUAUCUACACAACAAAAAGAUAUUCAAUAAAAUAGCGUUUUUGCAUUGAAAAA